CCAACCCCGUUUCCCAGCCCUCCCUAAAGUCCAGAGCCCACAGGGAGCUGGGGGCGGAGGGCGGAGCGGGGCUGCCUCACUUUCCUCAGCUUCGAACUAUUUCCGGCAACAGCGGACACCAGUUUGGGGAGCAGGUACUUCCUUCCGUGCUGGUCAGAUUGGGAUGCCCAGGCCAAGUGAGCUGGCCAGCAGGAGAGUCAGGCCUUGCACCCAGCUGCCUGGGCACCCAAGGUCGGCUUCCUGCCCGUCACCCCAGGUUGGCAGGGGGCCCAACAGCCCCAGCCAGGAUCCCUGGUCGGAAUCCAGAAGCGCUCGAAGUCCGAGGCGGCGGGUGCCCCCCCGCCCCCACUGCCCCGCAGAAGCCAAGACACCAAGGCCCGCCCUCCGGCCGAGGGAGCCGGGGCUGCCUGCCCCAGCUCCAUCAGCAGCUCGGAGGGCCUCCACCCAGGGGUGCGACUCCGUCCUAAGCUUCUCUUUCUUCUCGGCCUGGCUCGCCCUUCUGCUUUCCAUGGCCCAGGCUCCCCCUGUUCUCUUCUGGAGGCUGGGGCACCCUGCUUGUGCCCCUCGAGUGUGCGAGUGUCGGUGCUGCCCUCUGGGCCCCUGGAGCCCUGCGUCGGGAGGAGAGAGUGACCUGAUGGCUCUGGUCCGCAGUCUCCAGGGAAGAGCUCCGAAGAAGCACGACUGUGGCCAGAGAUGAGCCCGGCUGUUUUCUGUCUGAAUUAAAUGAUGACUUGGAUCGUGCCUUUAUCACACGCCAAAGAAGAUGAGUCAAGGACCGACACUUUUCUCUUGUGGAAUUAUGGAAAAUGACAGAUGGCGAGACCUGGACAGGAAGUGCCCUCUUCAGAUCGACCAGCCGAGCGCCGGCAUCUGGGAGUGCCUGCCCGAGAAGUGUCAGGACAGCGCCCUGUGGCAUCGGGAGGCGGCCACCACCUGCGCGGUCACCAACCUGAUCAAAGACCUCAGCCUCAGUGACCACAACGGGAACCCCUCAGCACCCCCCAGCAAGCGCCAGUGCCGGUCCCUGUCCUUCUCUGACGAGAUGUCCAGCUGCCGAACGUCGUGGAGGCCCUUGGGGUCCAAGGUCUGGACUCCGGUGGAAAAGCGGCGCUGCUACAGCGGGGGCAGCGUCCAGCGCUACGCCAACGGCCUGAGCCCCAUGCAGAGGAGCUCCAGCUUCAGCCUCCCGUCCCGCGCCAGCGUGCUCUCCUCGCCCUGCGACCAGGCAGGAUUGCGCCACCGACUUGGCAUCCAGCCCUGCCAAGGGGCGCCGGGCUCGGCUGCCGGUGGACAGGUGGGCGACCUCUGGGGCCCCGCCCCGAGCCCCGUGGCCGGGGGCCGGCUUGACAUGCAGCGGUCCCUCUCCUGCUCGCACGAGCAGUUCUCCUUUGCGGAGUACGGUCCGCCCUCGGCCAACAGCACGCCCGCCUCGACGCCAGAGCUGGCCAGACGCUCCAGCGGCCUGUCCCGAAGCCGCUCGCAGCCUUGUGUCCUUAAUGACAAGAAGGUCGGUGUGAAGCGGCGGCGCCCUGAGGAGGUGCAGGAGCAGAGGCCCUCGCUGGACCUGGCCAAGAUGGCACAGAACUGUCAGACCUUCAGCAGCCUCAGCAGCCUGAGCGCGGGGAUGGAGGACUGCGGCCCCCACAGCCCCUUCACCCUCCACGUCAGCAGCACCAGGUCCUGGACCGCCCUGCUCUCAGCCUCGGCCUCCGGCCUGGGGGGUAGGACCCCCGCCGGGACCCCAGUCCCCGAGCCCCUGCCCCCAUCCCUGGAUGACCAGCUCGCCUGCCGGGAGGAGCUGUGCUGUGAGGAGUCGGGCGGCUGCACCCUGGACGAGGGCUGCCCCAGGCGGGGGGAGCCGGCCACAGCCUGGCGGGACCGCAGGGCCACCCGGAAUAGCCCCUGCUCCCUGGACGGCGAGCUGGACAUUGAACAGAUAGAGAACAACUGAGGGGCCGCCGAGGGCCCUGGUCGGGGGCAGGGGUGCAUCAGAAUCGACGGGCCUCCCUCUCCACUCCUGGGUCCGAUCAAAGCCUCCUGGAAGGGGUCGGGGCCCAGGGAGCCGGCCCACUGCCUCCCCGAGCCGCUGUCCACCCUGCUGGCACAGCAGCCGCGGCCCACGGAACUGCUGUAGCCGCUAGAAGCUUCUCGGUUGCGGUCCCUCCCCUGUUUGUCUUGUGGGACAUCAGGACAGGCGCUGGGCCAUCCCCGCUGGGCCGUCGUGGGCGUUUGCGGCGGGGCUGGCCCGCUCUGCAUGCCGCCUCCCAGCCGGGCUCCCGCCUGGGCUCAGGUCCAUCUACUGGGGUCCAGGCCCCUCUUGGCCUCCUGCUCAGGUUCAGGGCUGGGGAGCCAGCUCCCCGGCUUCUUCUCCCUCAGUUGUACUCCGUGCCUUCUUGCCCGGGGCUCAGGCUUCCAAGGGUCGGGCGAGGCUUCCUUCUGUAGUAACACCAGAACCAUUUGGCCUUAAUUCCAAGUGUGGGAGACAGAGGCCCGGGGUGCUGGCGUCGCCUUCAUGUCUGGACUCUUGGGGUCCAGGGAGCAACUUGGGGACCUUGGUUGGGCAGACGCUUGGUGGAUCUGUUGGCUGAAAGGACAGACCCACCGGCCCCUCCUAUGCGGUGGAGAGCCUGGCCCUGGGGCGCUGUGCCCCGCUGGGGCCUGUGUUGGGCGGGCGGGUGGCCUGCAGCCAUGCUCCGUGCCGACCCUGUCACUGAGCGACGAGCUUAGAGGAUUCAGGUGAGUGGAGAGAAGUCCCCACAAAAGGGCGGCCUCUUGAAAACAUCCUCAGGAAGGAAGAGCUCCCUGCAGGGGAACAGAGCCAGGCCCUGCCAUGUUUCGGGGACGAAGGUAUCUGCUGGCCUCCCGGGGACCAUGCUGUGUUCUAAGCACAUUGUCCUUGGUGGGUUGGGGACUGGUCAGUGGGAGCAGCAGAGGGUGUAAGUGCCGCCUCCUCACUGCAGCCCCGCCACAGGCCACUGCGUGACGCAGGCUCACGCCCACCCCCUCCCAGGCCCUUUGCACCCCAGCAGCCUCCUCCCCCGGGACAAGCAGCCCCGGCCCCCUGUGGUUUUGCCCCCAGCCGGCUCCUCUCCAGCCCGGCUUGCAGGCACACCACACGGCUCUCUGCUCUCUUGGAAUCUGGCUUUUGGCAACCUGGCAUCUUCCGCAGGCAGUAGCAUCGGGUGGGCUCAGGAGCAAGUGGCUCCUUUGCCCAUGAGGCUAAAAAUAACCGUGAGUCCCCUCAAGUUCGUGGGCCACGUGGCAAAGGCGCUCUCAGCGUCACUUUGUUCCAGCUCAUCUUCGGCUGAUGGCGAGCGCCCGGCUGCUGCAGGUUGGGUGCAGAUGGUUCUCACUCUCCUUCUACUAAAGAGAGGCCAUAUUUGGGAAACUUAAACCUUCGCUUUUUUUACAUCAAAAAUGUGGUGGCUCAAGUUCUGAUUUAUAGUUGGCUUUUCUUAAAGAUCAGCCAUAAGAUGCUUGCAGAAAAUCCCAACUCCCUGGCCCCCUAGACUGUGUGGAAAGCCUAAUGAGUGUGCAGCGCUGGGCAGGUCCCGCCAAGGCGCGUCCCCUGGGGACCCCGGAGAGCCAAGCCGGGGGCCUUGGCUCUGGGCAGAGGAAGACGCCUGGCUCAACCCCCACCUGGUGGGUUGUGCAGACCGUGUCUUCUCAGAGCUGGUCCAGGGGAGGCUGGGUGGCUGUUGGGUGGCAUCUGGCAGUGUGUGAAUUCAGAGUACAUGCUGGUGCCUCAGUCUCAGACAGCGUGGGGUGGGAGGUACCGACCCCUGGCCCGCCCGGGAGUGGCCACAGAGGCCUCAUGCCCUGGACGGCAGUCCUUCCUGGGGCGGGAGAAGCAGAGUCUUGUUUCCCUUCCCUGCAGGGAGGGGCGGGGGCCGAGCCAGGACGGGCAGGAUACGAGGCACGUGGUGGUGGGUGGUGCAGGGACACCCUCGGACCCUGCCGGCCGACUCCCCUGCUUCUCAGAUCCAGUGGCAGGGAAGGACAAGCAGUAGUCCCAGCCUCCCCACCACCACCCCUGGCUGGUCCUAUUGGCCAGAAGCCCAGUCAUGGGGCACUUUUGGGCAGAAGGGAUCCCGGCCCAAGGCAAGGCUUGGCCCUCCCCAGCCUCUUCCAGACUCCUUGGCUGCUCCCACCCUCGUGGAAGCUCCUUGCCCAAGCCCUCAACAGCAGCAGGGAGGGGAGAGAAUGGCCAGGGGCCCUUCUCGGAGAAAGAGAUGGCCCUCGGGUGGCUUUGUGUCUGUCUUUUUUUUUUCUUUUCUUUUUGUCUUUUUCAGGCGGCACCUGCGGCAUAUGGAGGUUCUCAGGCUA